AUGGAUGGUUCAUUUAUGGAUACAUCGGGCAAGGCCGGGGGGGGUCUUGUACGUGAUCAUGCGGGCAACCUGCUCGUCGCCUUCGCUACCCCUGUUGAAGCGCAAUCGGCCCUUGAAGCAGAAUUACUAGCCAUCCACCAUGGGAUAAUACUUGCCAUGGAGUUUAGAAGGCCUAAUUGGAUUGAAGUGGAUGCAGAUCAAGCGGUCAAGCUACUCAACGGACCCAGCUGGGGGCCAGCUAGUCUUUGUCGAGUCAUGGCACGAAUAGCUACCCAUAAGCGACAACAAGUAACACGGAUGACCUUCAUCCAUAGGGAGGGUAACAAAGCAGCUGACUGGCUAGCCAAAAUGGGCCUUGAGGGGACCAGUUUCCAACGCAUGUACACCUCUACGGCUCCAAGACUCCUUAAAGCCUUGGUUCGGCUAGAUGCAAGGGGAGUCCCACAUAUCCGUAUCCAAACUGAGGAGGAAGAAUAG